GUGACAUCGCCGUCGCCGAGCAGCACCCACUCAACCCCGCAUCAGCAUGGUGGCUCCGAGGACCUCGGGGAUCACAGAGGCGCAGGUCCACGCGUUCCACCUCGGCCUGCUGCCCGCGAACGGACGCGCGACAGCUCCUGCUGCCGGCCCUUCCUUGCCGCGCGCUAGUGCGAACGGUGCCAGCACAAGCCGCAAGCGCCCGCUCUCGCUCCGCGCCUCGACCUCGCGCGCCGCUGUGGCCGACGACGACGACGCCGGCGCCGACGAGAAUCACCUCGGCCAAGACCUCGGCGCUGAUGAUGACGACGCAGCGCCAGCUCCAGCGCCCAAGCGCUCGGCGAUAGCGAGGCAGCGCAUGCGCGUCGUCGUCCAGAUACCCCUGGCCAGCCGGCGCCCAGCCAACCGACGGUCACGCCGUGCGACAUGGCACGCCUCCGGCGCCGUUGCUGCGGCGCCCGAUAGCCCCGGCUCGCGUGCACCGGCUGCGUCGGCGCGUGCACCGCGCCUGUCUGACUUUGCGGUGCACGCCUUCCACCUGCGGCACAAGCAGACCCUUAGCGCCGGGAUUGGCGGACUGGGCGGUGGGCGCGGUGGUCGCGGUCGCGGCGGCGGCGCCGAAGGCGAUGCGAUAGAUUGUGCCUACGUCAGCCGGCCCAUCACAUCGGCGUGA